AUGGCAGAAAAUGUCAUGAACUCUGACUUGAACUUGCCUGAACCAACCAGACCCAGAAUCCAGACGGUCCCUGAUGUCCAAGGUAAAAGCCAUUGCUCCAGAGCUCUGAGUUCCAGAGUUGCUGCACUGGCUGCUGUCCUGGCUGUGAUGAUCCUCGUAGUGGUCAUAGCCCUGUAUGUGACACUCAGGGGCAGCCAACAGGACUCCACAGCAUUGAGCUCCCCCAGCCAAAAUGUCUCAGCACCACUGUCCCCCACCAGCCAAGAGGACUCAACAAAGUCACCCCCCAGCCAUGGAGAGGCUCCAGGCAAAAGCUGCUGUUCCACAACACGAGUUGCUGUCCUGGUUACUGAGAUAAUCCUGCUCCUCCUCACUGCUGUGUUUCAGAUGCUCCCAUGUAGAAGGCCUUGUUCCAGAGCACACAUUGCUGUGCUGGUUGUUGUCCUGGUUCUGGCUGUGCUGGCCCUCACUCUGUCUUGGACAGUCCCAGAUGGUCCAGUUGCAAACAGUCAACAGGAAUCAACAACGUGGUACCCAACCAGCCAAACAGACUCAACAAUCCUGAGCUCCACCAGCCAACAGGACUCAACAUUACUGUUCCCCACCAUCCAAAAGAAUUCAACAAUGUCACCCCCCAGCCAGGGAGGGGCUCCAGGCUGUCCCCCAGCAUGGAAAAAACAUGGGAGAAAAUGCUACUUCUUUUCUCCAGUGCAGAAAAAAAAGGACUGGAAUUCCUCCCGUGCAGAAUGCGCUGCCCUGGGCUCAGACCUGGUGAUCAUUGAGAGCAGGGAAGAGCUGAAUUACCUUCACACCCAAUCACGAUAUGGGUUCUACUUACUUGGUCUCAGAUACUCUCCAGAGGAGCACAAGUGGAAGUGGAUCAACAACGUGGAGCAUAACCCAGCCAUGUGAGCUCAUUCCAGCAAGUCCCUGCCAUGCAGUGUCUGGGAAGGGAAAAUGCCAAAGGCAGAGCAAAGAGCAGAGAGCCCAAGGGAGAUCAGGGCCUGUGCUUUGGGGGAAGCUGAUUGCUGGAGAUGCAGGUGCUU